AUAACAACAAGAAGAAGAAGCAUGCUACUGACGAUUUUCUGAGUGGGGUCGGUCAUGCAUGCCAAGGACGGAGACAAGUAAGACCUGGAUAGAUGUAUUGUAUAGUCAUCAUGGAGAAAUUGAAAGAUUUCCUCAGACAGAGAGGGCUGAAGGAAGACAUAAUCCAGAAAAUGGUUGAAGAUAAGGUUGAUGUGGAAAUAAUCCCAUUGCUUGAUGAUAAGAAACAUCCCAGUACAUCCCAGCAUAUGGAGACCGGGUAGCAGUGGUAACAUUUUGCAAGUGUGAAUCAGGGCCAUCAUACUCUACUAGUUCACCAAAAGCAGCAAAGCCAUCAAUGGUAGACAGAUUAAAAAUUAAGAUCAAGAAAUCUCAGAAGAAAAAUAUUGGUAACAGGAAUGCAGAAAAAGAGGAAAGGAGGGUGGAGAUAGGGUGGAAAGACUUUGAUGUGGCCAGUAUGGAGUACAAGCAGAUUCGAACAUCUAAGGGUGGCGGAACGAGGCAUCUAAAGUUGGGGAAAAAUGCAACAGCUGGCGAUGUCAUCAAGGAGGGGAAGAGACUUUUCUUUCCAGAUAAUAUGUCAUUCAGAGGUCAUGUGGAUGAUUUCUAUUUCCAUGUGGAAGAUUUUCGAGGAAAGCUAUUUUCCGAGGGUAAUGUAGAAGAUCUGUACCUAGAGACAGAAGUAAAAAUGUUGCGGAUAUAUAUUUGCUCAAAGAAGAAGGGAAAGAGUCAAAAGACAUCCAAUGACACUGACGAAGACAUCUCAUUCUAUCCUGAUGAGGCAGAUGAGGACUUGGAUGAAACAUUACCAAUGAUUCCGUUGACUCCGGAAACGGGUAUUAGCCAUACUGCCAUUGAGUCAGUAAUUGAUCUAACCCUCUUUGAAUUAGUACCACAACCAGAACAGGAGCAGGAAAUGGAGUCCGAUCAUGAGCAACCGAGCACUAGCAAUGCUCCACCCUCAAGAACUGAAGGUCUUGCUAUUGAGGAACCACUACUAACACAAGGUCUACAAAUUCUGGGAGAAGAGUUGGAAAAGCGUUCAUUGGUAAAGCUGCACAGAUGCAUGGUUAUAACUGAACUCCUGUGUAUUUUCAAAGCACCUGAUAUGAUGACAUCCCCUCUAAAAUUCGAGUUUGUGGACGAACUUGGAAUUGAUGCAGAAGGAGUGUCGAGAGAUGUUUACACAAUCUUUUGGAAACAAUUUUUUGAAAUGUAUGCUGAUGGGGAAGAUUUCAGAGUUCCAGGUUUGUGCCCAGAACUAGGGCCAGAAGAGUGGAAAGCCGUUGGAAGAAUCCUUGUGAAAGGAUUCAUAGACCACAAAAUUUUCCCUCUUAGAAUGGCACCAGCUUUCGUCAUUGGCAUGCUAUUUGGUGAAGAUGCAGUCCUGCCUGACACUUUGAUGGAGUCUUUCAAGCUUUACCUAAAUGAUGGAGAUCGAGCUUGUGUUCAGUCUGCACUGUCUGGAAACACAACAGAGGAAGAGCAUGAAGCACUCGUUGACCUCCUUGACCGAGAAGGUGGGCAUACCAUACCAAAAGAAGGGGAAUCAUUAGCACUUAUGUUCCAGUUGGCGCAAAAGGUCAUCAUCCAGAACGGGAGCUAUGCGAUGCAGUGUAUGAGGGAAGUUGUGACUCCUCAGUUGUUAAGCAAGCUUCCAACCCCCUCGGUAGUUCUCAGCAUAUACCAAGAGCUCCAACCUACAACAAAGAAAGUCUGUGAGAUCUUUUCAGCUAUUCCAUCCAACCAGGAAGAGUCAAACACUGUGCGUUUCCUCAUGCAGUACAUUAAGGGGCAAGACAAGAAAGGAUUGAAAAAAUUAAUGCAUUUUCUGACAGGAUCUGAAGUGAUGAGCGUUUCCAAAAUAAUGGUUCAAUUCACGUCUCUAGAAGGUGCAGGCAGGCGACCAGUGGCACAUACAUGUGGGCCUACUCUUGAACUUCCAAGUACCUAUGGAAGUUACCGGGAAUUUCGCCAAGAGUGGGAUUGUGUAUUAGCAUCAGGAUAUAUGAACUUUGAUUUUGGUUAAUGGCUACUGGUUACUCGUACAUUUCCUCCAGGGUACUGCACAGUUUCAAGUUUAAUCUUGAAUUUUGUUGCUUUAUAUCUUAAAUUAAUGCGGGAAACUGUCAAAUAUCGGUGUAUUGGCUUUGAGAAACAUGAAGGCUUACCCAAGUUCAAAGUUGACUUCCCGUACGCAGCAUGCAUCAUUAAUUAAAUAUGCAGCAUAAACAUAACACUACCUGACUACAUUUUGCAGAAAACCCUUUAUUUUUGUCCUUUAUUAAACUUCCUCAGAACAACUCAUUGCUUUAUGAAGAUGAAAGUAGGCUGUCUUCUCUAAUUGUUUACAUUUAUUAAUUAGCUUGAAAUUUGCAGGUGUGAGACAUAUGGCAGUGAUAGCAAUUGUGCAUAUUUGCAAAGGUUUAGUAUUAAACAUCUUCAUGCUUCAGAUAUGGUGUUGAAACACCAAAAAAUUAUAUUGAAUGAAUUAAUAUGCAGAAAUCAAUCUGGUAUUUAUACAUACAAUGUAGUGUAUCACAAAAGUGUACUCUCAGAAAAUGGCUUCCCAAGUAACUUUGGUACCAAAUGUAUAAACGUAUUUCACCAUUUCAGAUAAAUGUGGGUGUGCGUGAUUCAGUGAUGAUCUCAUUUUGCCAUUACAUUCACUCUUUGGUGGGCAUAGACGAUUUUUGUGAAAGGUGAACAAAUCUUCUGUGUCACUUUUGGAAAAUCUGUUUACUAACAUUACCAUAGAGACAACCACUUCCCGCUGCAUUUUUUUUCUUGCUCCGAAUAUGCUUUGAUUGGAUGAAUAUAGAUGUAUGUACAUUAUUCAAUUUUCCUAUUAAUAAUGAGCUCAAAUUUAUCAAAAUGGUAUUUGACAUCAGAAAGAGACAAAAUUGAAAACCAAUCCAAAGAAAGAAGUAUGUGCAGUAAUAAAGCCCCAAUUUAAAAUAGGUAGAUUUUAUGUCGAUUCACUCUUAAGUAAUCGAAAUGAGGUAUUCUACCCUAUAAUUAAAAUGAUCUGUUGUUAAAAUGUACAUGAUACAAGGCAUAUCAUGUUCAAAGCACUUAAAGAGAACCUUCAUUUUGAAUUAGAUUAAUGUAGGACCAAUUUGGUUCACGAAGAGAGUUCAAGAGACUGUAGAAUAUCAAUGUUUUUGUACAAUGAUGGUGUUAAAUUCAAUGACUAUAAUAUGCCAAAUAUUUUGUACAUUUUGAUACACUGCACUUUGUUUUGAUAUUGGCUCUUCUUGCCAAGAUUUUCCCUUGUUUUCAUUGUAUAAAUGGGCUUUUUUUAACAUGAUGUUUCUAUAGAAGAGAACCCAUCUUUGUUUAAUUAACAAGUGAAUUUUGGUUCACUGUUUUGAGUUUAAAUCAUAUUAGACCCAGGAAUUCCACAAAGAAACACAGAACAGUCAUAAUAUGAUGUUAAAACCCAAGGGGGGGGGGGACUCAGAUUUGGUUCUGAUGGGAGUGUGUCGCUGAAGCCGCAAAACCCAACCCAUUUUUGUCUCACCUGCAUAGCAGAGUGAGACUAUAGGCGCCGCUUUUCCGACGGCGGCGGCGGCGGCGUCAACACCAAAUCUUAACCUGAGGUUAAGUUUUUGAAAUGACAGCAUAACUUAAUAUGUAUAUGGACCUAGUUCAUGAAACUUGGCCAUAAGGUUAAUCAAGUAUUACCGAACAUCCUGCAUGAGUUUCACGUCACAUGACCAAGGUCAAUGGUCAUUUAGGGUCAAUGAACUUAGACCAUGUUGGGGGAAUCAACAUCAAAAUCUUAACCUAAGGUUAAGUUUUUGAAAUGUCAUCAUAACUUAGAAAAUAUAUGGACCUAGUUCAUGAAACUUAUACAUAAGGUUAAUCAAGUAUCACUGAACAUCCUGCAUGAGUUUCACGUCACAUGACCAAGGUCAAUGGUCAUUUAGGGUCAAUGAACUUUGGCCGAAUUGGGGGUAUCUGUAGAUUUACCAUCAUAACUUUAAAAGUUUAUGGAUCUGAUUCAUGAAACUUGGACAUAAUAGUAAUCAAGUAUUACUGAACAUCCUGUGCAAGUUUCAGGUCACAUGAUCAAGUUCAACGGUCAUUUAGGGUCAAUGAACUUUGGUCAAAUUGGGGUAUUUGUUGAAUUACCGCCAUAACUUUGAAAGUGUGUUGGUCUAGUUCAUAAAACUUGGACAUAAGAGUAAUGAAGUAUCACUGAACAUCCUUUGCGCAUUUUAGGUCACAUGACCAAGGUCAAAGGUCAAUGAACUUUGGCCAUAAUGGGGGUAUCUGUUGAAUUACCAUCAUAACUUGGAAAGUUGAUGGAUCUUUCUCUUGAAACUUGGACAUAAGAGUAAUCAAGUAUCACUGAACAUCCUGUACGAGUUUCAGGUCACAUGAUCAAGGUCAAAGGUCAUGUAAGGUCAAUGAACUUUGGCCACGUUGGGGGUAUAUGUUGAAUUACCAUCAUAUCUCUAUAAGUGUAUGGGUCUAGUUCAUAAAACGUAGAAAUAAGAGUAACCAAGUAUCACUGAACAUCUUGUGCGAGUUAUAGUAGUUUUCAAAAUCAGCACUGCUGCUAUAUUGAAUCGCGUGAUGCAGGUGAGACGGCCAGAGGCAUUCCACUUGUUAAGGUUCAUUUUGGCGGAGAAGGGAACCCAUUAUUAGGGGUUUUAUUAAGAAUAAUUACCUUUUUGUGCAAUUUAUCGACGAAAUGGGCAAAAAUAUAUAGUAUAAUUUUUUGGGCCAAAAAGUCGCCCAUUAGAGCGUCACACUCCUGUACUGUGUAUACCUUACUAGGCAUGUACCCCCCUCCCCCCCCCCCCCCCCGGUGUUCAAGGAUAUUGGAUUAAGUGGGUUUAUGAAGUGACAUGAAAAGAACAUUCAGGGUGGUGUGUUUUAAUGUUGGACCCAAGGAUAUACAUGUAUCGUGAAGAUCCAAGAGAACCUUCAUGCCAUGUUUUAUUCGGAUCAAAUGGGUUUAAUAUGGUGUUGUGUUUUAAUGUUAUUGGUCCAAGGCAUAUAAUGAAGAACCAAGAGAACCUUCAAUUCGUUUACUUUACGGUAUAUUAUUGGAAAAAGUUAGUUAUUUAAAGAAGAAUUGACCCGUUGAAGACGAGCUUAUUUUGCUAUAACACACAUUUCCCGUAGACCCCAGCCGGAGUAUAAUCAGGACUAGUCUUCAACGGGUUAUUAGGACUUUCAUUUUGUUGUGUUUUGACUAUCUACCAAUCUUGCAAAUAACCAUGAACAUGGUAGGUAGGCGUAUUGCUUUGAGAACAGUUAUGGUGUUGUGUUUUAAUGUUGUUUGGUUAAGGCAUAUCAUAAAGUACCAAGAGAAUCCUUCAUGUUGUUAAUUUUAACUGGACCAAAUGACCAUAGUGAAAGAACGUUUAUGGCGUUUUUGUGUUUUAUUGUUAUUGGUCCAAGGCAUAUUAUAAAAAACCAGAGAAGUUGGUUUAAGAAGAAUUAAUGAUACGACUUUCAUUUUGCUGUGUUUCACUAUCUACCAAUCUUGAAAAUAACCAUGUACAUUGUCCCACUUGCAGAUUCCAUUGAAUGUGUGUUUUUGGUAACAUACAUGUACUUGUAGGGCUCCACAGUCCACAGUAAAUUUGUUUGGUUCAGUGCCACUUUCCAUAUAGGGUCAAUAUAUGUUUUUUGUUUUAAACUUUGGGGCCUUAAUUAGAUGGUCACAAGUAACGCAUACCCACAGCUGCUGGCCCAUGCAGUGCCAUAAUGCUACUGAGUCCAUGAGUCCGAGUUGUAUGUAUAACACAUAGAACAUCAAAGGCAAGUCUGGAAGAUAAUCAAGUUGAUUUAAUUACAUGUAGUAAUAUGACAUGAACAGAACAAUUACAAUAUGUCCAAGGCGAACAAAGCAGUAAGAAAGUUGAGUAUGAAAAACUUCAAUAAAAUGCUUAAGAUGCCUACAUAGUGCCUAUGUAGUCCUUAUAGAUUUUGUACCGAGAUCUGUGUCAAUCUUUUUUUCUACUUUCAAUAAAAAGUUACAAGAAAUCAAUACUUGUCCAUCACUUUGAAAUGUAAACCUCCAUUGACUCAUUGCUGAAUUAUUUUAGUUCGACCUCGGUUAUCUGGUCGGGACCGGCCUUCAUCCAGAUAAUUGAUUUGGCCAUAUAUGAGAGACAAGUCCUAGACAACAUGUCUCUAUAUAGAGCAUAUCCUAUUACUUAAUUAAACUGGUAUAUGAACAAACUUAUACAUUUAAAUGGC